AGAGGAAAUCAUUCCAAACUUCAACACUUCUGGGUCUUAUCAGUCACACGCUUGAGCUUAGCGUCAAAAAAGUGCGCGUUUUUCAAUAUCCAAUCUCAAGUAUUCAUAAAAAAAAAAUGCGUGCCUUCAUCGUACUCUGUUUAUUCGCCGCUACCUGCGCCGAUAACCUGGGCUACAACUAUCGCCCGGAAGGACACACAGAUGCCGGACUCUCGUUUGCACCCGGUGGCAGCAGUGGCGGACUUGGUGGACUGGGUAGUUAUGGUGGACCAGGAGGUGCCGCGACACAAGUUUCACCUUCUUAUUCCGCACCUGCCGCUGAAUUCGACAAGGAGUUCUACAGCUACACCGCUGAUGAGGAUGAUUUCAAUGAACCCGCCGGCAGYGAACAACUGGAUGCUUUAUUGAAAAAGAAUCUGCGUGUUGUCUUCGUUAAGGGACCCGAAAAUAAUGGUUUGGAGAACGCCGCCCUCAAUCUUGCCAAACUUGCUGCCGAACAGAAGACCGCCAUCUAUGUUCUACAAAAACAAGCCGACUUGGGUGAUUUGGCCAACAAAUUGCAGUCUCAACAUGAUCUCACAGGUCAUAAGCCAGAGGUGCACUUCGUCAAGUACCGUACACCAGAGGAUGCUGUCAAUGCCCAACACGCUAUUCAAUCGCAAUACGAUCAAUUGGGUGGCAAUUCGCAGUCACAUUAUGGUGGCGUGGCUCCUGUUCACAACUUUGCUUCUGAGGCUACUCGUCAAGCGCCACGUAUUGCAAGCGCACCGGGUGCCACUUACUUGCCUUCCUCGAUUAUUCGUGUUUAAUGUGGAAAGUGCGAAUAAUAAUACAGUUUAUGUAGAAGACUCCGAAAUGUGAUAAAACGACCGUCAUUGUUAUGCUUUGUUGACUAAUAUAUAAAUAAUAAUAAAGUUGAAUUUCUAAAAUAUAA